AUGGCAGCUCAGGGGAACAUGCACAAUUUGACCACGCUCAUCAAAAGAUUAGAAGCUGCAACAUCACGACUCGAAGACAUUGCGAGUUCUGUAGAUGGACCAUCAAAUGGGACUAACGGUUCGGCCGCAGCGGCCAUUACCUCCUUUGGCCAUCCAGGCGGCGUUGCAGAGCAGCCUCCCCCACCCCCCGAACCCCUACCCAGGUCUAUCGAAGCUUUCGACAAGAUUAUCGAGGAAGAAGUGGGUGCAUUUGUCACAUCCAGUCAGAAGAUAGGUGGUCUAGUUGAAGAUCAGGCAAACGCUGUCAAAGCAGCCUUUGAGGCCGAAAGGACGUAUCUACUGGUUGCAACAAAAGCCAAAAAGCCCGAUCAUACGCCGCCCGAAUUGAUGACAGAGCUGCACCGUCACACUUCGUCCGUCGAUGAAAUUCGAGAAGCAAACCGACCAUCACCAUUGUUCGUCCAUCUAAGCGCCGUCUCAGAAGGAAUUGUAGCGCUGGGAUGGAUUGUGGAGAAGAGACCAGCAGAUUUUGUGACGGAUACAUUAGGAGGGGCUCAAUACUACGGUAACAAGAUCUUGAAGGAAUAUAAGGAGAAGGACAAGACCCACGUGGAAUAUAUUCAGGCCUAUUACAAGAUCUUCCGCUCACUAUCAGCAUACGUCAAGGAGUAUUUUGCAACCGGUUUGACGUGGAACAAUGCAGACGGAAUUGAUGCUUUAGAAGCCUUGAAGCAAGUUCAAUCAAGCGGAACUGUUUCGAAAGCUGGUGCACCUGGUGGCGGCCCACCGCCGCCGCCACCACCACCUCCUCUGCCAAAGUUCGAUAACAACGGGCCUCCACCACCACCUCCGCCACCAUCAUCCUCGAAAGGUGCUGCUCAGGGUGGUGAUAUGACGGCGGUGUUCGAUCAGCUCAACCAGGGUUCCGCGGUCACAUCUGGCUUGCGGAAAGUCGACAAAUCCCAGAUGACACACAAAAAUCCGUCACUUCGCGCCACUUCGACUGUUCCAGAGCGAUCGAAUUCACAAACAUCAGCUGGAUCAGCAGGUCGUGGCAAAUCACCAUUACCAAGUAAGAAACCCGAUAGCCUAAGGUCUAAGAAACCAGGCCGUAAAGAGCUUGAUGGCAGCAAGUGGAUUGUGGAAAAUUUCGACAACACUCAAUCUGAGGUGAUCGAAAUCCCUGCGGAACUCAACCACAGUAUUUUGAUCUCAAAAUGCAAUAAGGCCAUCAUCAAGGUCAACGGCAAAGCCAAUGCAAUCUCCAUCGACAAUUGCGCUGGCCUGUCGAUCUUGGUGGACUCACUGGUCUCGAGCUUGGACGUGAUCAAAGCUACAAAAUUCCAGGUUCAGGUCGAUGGCGUGGUACCGACAAUACUUCUCGAUCAGGUGGAUGGAGCACAGAUUUACCUUUCCAAUGCCAGCCUAGCAACCGAAAUCUUCACAAGCAAGUGCAGCGCACUCAAUGUUGUUCUGCCACCUACAGACGAUUCGGAGGAUGAUUCUAAGGAGAUCCCCUUCCCCGAACAGCUGCGAAGUGUGAUCAAGAAUGGUUCUUUGAUCAGUGAGAUUGUGGAGCAUGCAGGUUAA